AUGUCUCAAUACACAGUUCCCUGCAAAGGCAUCGUUGCAUAUUCGCAACAUGAAUGGAAGAUGGAGGACCUGCUCACGCGAGAGCCUGCGGAAGAUGAAUUUAUGGUCGAAAUGAUCGCAACUGGCAUCUGCCACACGGAUAUCUCAGGCUACGGUGGCAUUUAUCCAAGAGUUCUGGGUCAUGAAGGUACGUCAAUUGGAGAUUCUGUCCUCGUAAUAAAUCUCACCAUUCGUUAGGUGCCGGCCGUGUUCUUCGUCUAGGAAGCAGGAAGCUUGAAUCUCAGUACAAGGAGGGCGAUCUGGUCAUUCUUUCGGCAGCAGCAUGUCUGAAAUGCAAGUACUGUAAAACUGGACAUCCGGCGUAUUGCGUUGAGCACGCUGCACUCACUCUCCAAGCCAACGAGCCAAACUUUGUCCUCGCCUCAGACAAGUCUAAAGUCAUUGGAGGUGGCUACUUUGGUCAGUCCAGCUUUGCUUCUCCUGUGCCGGUAAAGGUCUCGUGUGCCUCGAAUGUCACCAAGAAGAUCCGAGACGCAACUGAGUUGAGACUAUAUGCACCACUGGGCUGUGGUAUCAUGACUGGAGCUGGCUCAAUCACGCACGUGGGUCACUGCGGACCAGACGACGUAGUCGCAGUAGUUGGUCUUGGUGGAGUUGGCCUUGCAGGCAUUGCAGCUGCCAAGUACAAUGGCGUCAAGAACAUCAUUGCUGUCGAUCUCGUGCCCUCGCGCAUCGAGCUGGCCAAACUAAUGGGAGCAACGGCUGGCCUGCAUUCGGCGCCAGAUAAGCUUAAGGACACUGGCCUUGCUAAAGCCAUAAAGGAGAUGACGCCGGAGGGCCUGGGUUGCUCUCAUAUCAUGGACACAACACCUUCAGUCGGUAUUCUCCAAGAAUGCUUCGAAGCGCUGCAGAAGAACGGCACAGUCUUCCAAGUGGGCGUUAAGCCUGUUGGCGCGAAGAUGGAAAUUGACCUGCUGACGCACAUGGUGAACGGAAGGAGGCUGGUUGGAGUGAUUGAGGGCGACAGAGAUCCUGCAGAGGCUUUGCCAGAGCUUGUCCAAUGGGCAAAGGAUGGCAUCCUGCCUAUGGAAAAGCUGCUGAAGGAGUAUCCAGUUGCCGAAUUUGAGCAGGGAAAGAAGGUGAUGGAGGAUGGCAGCGUCAUCAAGAGCGUGCUGGUAUGGUAG